AAUGGACUCAUCUUCCUCGCUGGAGGGGGCAGAAUGGCUCCUUUGCAGCUUUCAGUAGGGUGAAAGGGCUUCCAGUUAUCGACUUCAAGAAAGUAUCUCUGGAGUAUCUCUGCAGACUCUGAUUCAGGCGCAGGUUAAGCGUUUCUCUUGCCUCUUGCUGUGAGAUUUGAAGGCUGACUUCAACUCGGCUCUUCCCCCCCCCCCCCGUCAGAAUAAAAUGACUACAGAUUAUGAAUCCUCAUCAGCCUUUGGUCUCCAGUUUCAGGAUGCGCAGAUGGGACUUAAAAGGGAGACCCAGGAUGAACCGGCAGCUGCCCUCCAGCCAGGAUCUGAGGAAAUGGGAGAAGCUCUUCAGCAUCAGUGGACAGCCCUAUCUGUUAAAGCAGAACCAGAUGUGGGUCUCUGGUCCCACCAAUAUGAAGCUCAGUUGCAGGAGUUCAUGAAGACACAUCAGGCCCCUUGCUCCGGACAAGGAAUCCCACCGCUGCCAGAAACUGUCCUCUGCGUUGAUGCUAAAGUAGUUGCAGCAGAGCAGUUGGCCCAAAUCCUGCCAUGCACUCAGAAACCAAGUCAACAGGCCUGUGACAGGCUGGACUCCAUGGUGCAAGGAGAAGGCCACAAGAGAGAAAGACAUGAUAUCCUGAACGAGGAGGCCACCGUCAGCUCAGAUGUACCCUGCCAACACUUUAGGCAGCUCAGGUACCUGGAGGCUGAGGGCCCCCGAGAGGUUUGCAGCCAGCUCCGGGAUCUUUGCCAUCGGUGGCUGAAGCCGGAGAGGAACACCAAGGAGCAGAUCCUGGAGCUGGUGAUCCUGGAGCAGUUCCUGGCCGUCCUCCCUCAGGAAAUGGAGAGCUGGGUGAAGGAACAUGGCCCGGAGACCUGUUCCCAGGCAGUAGACCUGGCAGAAGAUUUCCUGCUGAGGCAGCAAGAUGCUAAGAAAGAGGAAGAACAGGAGCACUUUCACGUGAUCACAGUCAGCUUCCCUGACGAUGAACAGGCUUUGUUGGAAACCUCACAGAGCCAGUCCCACCGGGAGAUCAAGCAGGAGGAUGAAAGGGAUUCCAGCUCCCCAACAGGUGACGGACACAUGAAUGGUGAGCGUUUGGAGGAAGCUGAGCUUCGAAAGCUGAAGAAAAGCUCAGGAGAUCAACGUGGAUCAAACAAACGGAAAGAAAAAACAACGCAGAGGCGGAGAGAGAACUCUCUUCUUUGUCAGGCGGGUGGUAUUGGAGAUCAACUGAUAAUCCCCACAGGAGAGAGCAGGGACGUGUCCACCGUGUGUGAGGAAAGCUCGAGUGAUGCCACAGGCCACGAUGGGUUCUUAGGAGACGAGCCUUAUACCUGCUCCGCCUGCGGAAAAGUCUUCCGUCUCAAGUCAAGCCUCAAAAGACACUGGAGAAGCCACACGGGCGAGAAGCCGUACACCUGCUUAGAUUGCGGGCGGAGCUUCAGCUGGAGGAGCAGCCUCACCACACAUCAGAGAACCCACAUGAGUGAAAAGCAGUACAAAUGCUCCAAGUGCGGGAAGACCUUCCGCUGGAGCCAGAACCUCACGAGGCACUGGAGCAUCCACACCGGGGAGAAGCCCUACAAGUGCUCCGACUGCGGGAGCAGCUUCAACCGGAGCCAGAACCUCAUCACUCAUCGGAGAAUCCACACAGGAGAGAAGCCGUACAAGUGCUUGGACUGCGGGAGCACCUUCAACCGGAGCCAGAGCCUGAUCACGCACCAGAAGACGCACGCGGGAGAGAAGCUGUAUAUCUGCUCAGACUGCGGGAAGACCUUCAACCGGAGCCAGAGCCUCGUUGCUCAUCAGAGACUCCACACGGGGGAGAAACUCUACAUGCUCCGGAUGAAAGGAGAGCUUGCGAAGAAAAUGCAGCCUCCUCAGACACGGGUGGAUUUGCACACUGCGGACAUGAUAUAGUAGGGUUGCCAUAUUCCAAAAAGUGAAAAUCCAGACACAAAUGUUGUUGAGCAGGAUCUCCCCGCAAAAAAAGAGAAAGUUCUCAAGCUAUUUUUAAAGGAAAUUUGCCCCCCCCCCAAAAAAAAUCAAUGUUGUGGAUUUGAGCUGCCAUAUGUCUGGAUUUUUCUGGACAUUUUAACUGAUUUUUGAAAAUUUCGCCCAGACGCUGACAGCCCUAUGAUAUAGGCGGGCUCACAGCGGAUGGGGGAAAGAUGGGUUUGAGAGCCACCCCUUGUUUAGAUAGGUACAAGGAUACAGUGGAAAAUGAGUGCUGGAAAUGUUCAUUUAAGUCGGGGGUUGCUGGUGUGGCAGCCUGAGGGUGCUGGUAUACCCACUGGGACCUCCUGUGGUGCCUGCAAAAGGUCUCUGUAAAUAUCCCCUCAAAAAUCCACAAUGCACAAAAGACGCUUUGCUCUUCCUACUCUGUUCCUGUUUGUACUGGCUCUGCCUCUCCUGCAGUGAACACGCCCCCUUUCAAUAUGCCCAAGUUCCAUUGGACGCCAGGACUGGAUGCCCGCCUUCCCUUCCAUUCUGAACAGGGGAGAGGUGCGAAGAACUGCUCUCAGCGGUGGCUGAUAUAGGUGCCUUUCACCCCAUUUAUCAGGCAGCUGACGUGGAGGCAUGCUUCCAUCAUUUGGCGAUCCUGUCUCUCUUCCUCCCAAUGCUGUUAGAUGUGGUGUGUGUGUUAUAGCAAACACUCCUGCAUGCAGCAUUUUCUCUAAAAGUCAAGGGCUCUGUGCAAAUCUCUUUUCUGUUGAGCGAUCAAGGCCAAUGAAGGAGGACUUGCUAAGCUUGUGUAGCAUAGUGGACAUGGGUUCAGAUUUUGGGAUGUCACAUUGACAGCGAAUACUUAGCCAGAGCCCGACCUCACACAAACACCUCUCCCCAAAUAUGUGUGCAGUAUGCUGGAAAUAAAACUGUUGUAUGUUAGUUAAAAUAUUAAAUUCGAUCAUCCCUGAAAGUUGAACUGUAUCCUCUGACUGAACAUUCCUUCAAACUCCUAGGAAAGAGACUACUAGCCAAUGCUGCUUCUAUGGACUAUAUUUCUUCUUUUUCCUAGCAAACUGCCUAAAACGAAUCCUUAGUUUAGUUAAUAUAAACAUUGACUAGAUUCCUGCCUUCCGCCACCUGCCAAGGAACCUGGGUGUUUUAACCUAGAAAUGAAGACCCAUCUAGUAGGUGGUGUAUUUUACAUUUUAAAAUUUGGGGGAAUUGAUUUAGUGCUUGUUUUCCCCUUCCCAGUAGCCCUGAAUCCAACCCGAAACCUGCAAACCACCUCACAGCCUCAGUUCAAUCCUGGCAACAGCCAUUUCCUUCCCCCAUCUGGAUUUCCUCACCCCCUGCCCCAUUUUUGUUUACCAUCUAACCCAGGCAUCCCCAAACUGCAGCCCUCCAGAUUUUUGGCCUACAACUCCCAUGAUCCCUAGCUAAGAGGACCAGUGGUCAGGGAUGAUGGGAAUUGUAGUCCAAAACAUCUGGAGGCCCGAAGUUUGGGGGUGCCUGAUCUAACCUGAUGAAGCAUUCUGUUGACCUUGAAAGCUGGCAAGCUGUUUUCUGACAUUUUUAAAAGGUACAGUAAAGGUAAAGGGACCCCUGACAGUUAAGUCCAGCCGUGAACGACUCUGGGGUUGUGGCACUCAACUUGCUUUACUGGCUGAGGGGGCCGACAUUUGUCCACAAGCAGUUUUUCCAGUCAUGUGGCCAGCAUGAGUAAGCCGCUUCUGGCAAAACCAGAGCAGCGCACGGAAACACCGUUUACCUGCCUGCCAGAGCGGUACCUAUUUAUCUACUUCCGCUUCGAUGUGCUUUCGAACUGCUAGGUUGGCAGGAGCUGGGACCGAGCAACGGGAGCUCACCCCGUCAUGGGGAUUUGAACCGCCGACCUUCUGAUCGGCAAGCCCUAGGCCAGGCAUGUCAAACCUGUGGCCCUCCAGAUGUUUUGGCCUACAACUCCCAUGAUCCCUAGCUAGCAGGACCAGUGGUUGGGGAAGAUGGGAAUUGUAGUCCAAAACAUCUGGAGGGCCGCAGGUUUGACAUGCCUGCCCUAGGCUCUGUGGUUUAGACCACAGCACCACCCACGUCCUUCCUGGGGUGAAAUCCUAAAAACAACUCAACUUCAAUCCUAAAAUAAGGUCAACAACUUUGGUCGGGCCCCACGGCCCUUCACUUCAUCAAAUCUGGCCCUCUUUGAAAGAAGUUUGGACACCACGGCUUAAAGCCUUUCCCUCAAUCUCAUGGGAUAAUCCAUACAGGCAGAUAUAUUUUAGAACAAAAUACUCCCCAAGUACAAAGGAGCUCUUUUUGCAUGAGAAUUCUUUUUUUGUUGGAACUGCGCAAUAAUAAUCACCAUUUUGUUUCCCUCUUCAGCCUGGGCUGCCAUAUCUGAUCUUGUUUUGCCGACUUCUCAUUAAAGGUUUCCAUUGAGGGCUGUAUAGCAUGCAUUCA